UUGCAUUGCACAACUUUUAUACACUUUACAAAUGCGUGUAUUUACUUUUAUAUAAACAUAGUGAAAUAGGUUUUCUUAUAGAUUUCUGGUAAUUAUUUUAAGCAAAUAUGCAGGACGAGCACCGAGCUGCGAUACAAAAAUGUUUCACCUCCUUGGUGGAACAGACUGACUUGGAAACAAUGGUGUCUGCUCUAUAUGAAAAAGGAGUGUUCUCCGAAGCCAUGAUCGAGCCUUAUAAAGAUAUAAGCAGGGAGCCUAGACUGCGCAAACGCCAGCUCUACAUGGACGUGAUGCGCCGUGGACCUAAUGCCUUCCGGCACCUGGUGGACGCGUUGAUGGAGACGGGUGCUUGGAUAGUGGCCCGCGAACUGGAUCCAGAGUCACUACCAAUGCGCAGACCUGAGCGGCUGGCUCCCAACCCACGCCCCAAAUCAAAUGACAGCGAAUAUGUCAGUUUAAGAAAUAAAGCAAAAAAAACGGGAUCAGGAGGAAUUAACACAAAUACUGAAACAAAGCCUCCGAUACAGCCCCCGCCAGCGUUACCUACGCCGCCGUAUGAGACCCCAGUGAUUCCCAAAAUCAAUGUUAUAAAGAGCACUAAGUUUAUGGAAGACAAUGGGAAAGAUAUAAAGCUGUACCCAACCCGCGGGCGGCGGCGCGGGGUGCUGGUUGUGUUCAGCUACAUCGAGUUCCGCGCUCAGCUAGAAACGUAUCGGCGAGGAGUGGACGUGGACUGUCAGAUGUUGAAGAACCUCUUCUCCGAGAUUGGCUUCGAGGUUAUCUCCUUCCAGAACCAUACAAGAGAUGAAACCCUCACCCACAUGAAAAACCUCCCCCUAAAAGGCGCCGAAUGCGUGUUCAUUGUGAUCUCAUCGCACGGAUACGGACGCGACGGUUCCUGGGACACGGAUAUCCGGUGCUCCGACGGCGGGCUCAUAUCCGCGCACGCAGUCGUUGACCAUUUCAACAACCAAAACUGUCCCGCGCUCAUUGGGAUACCUAAGGUGUUCAUAUUUCAAAUGUGCCGGGGUGAGAACCGCUACUUGGAGUUAGCGCUGGCGGAGCAGGGCGCGGCGGCAGUGGAGGCAGCGGCGGCGAUGGGGGCGGCGGCGGCGAUGGGGGCGGCGGCGGUGAUGGGGGCGGCGGCGGUGAUGGGGGGAGCGGCGGCGAUAGGGGGCGCGGCGGCGAUGGGGGCAGCGGUGGCGAUGGGGGCCGCGGCGGCGGCGGCGACGGACGGCGCGCCCUACGCCGACGCCGGCGGCGGCGCGGCGCCGCGGAGCUCCCCCGCCGGCCGCCGCCGCGACCGCGUCUACUCCGACAUACUCAUCGCGCACUCCACGUUGCCGGGCUUCGUGUCCCACCGCGACAUGGACAAGGGUUCCUGGUUCAUCCAGGCUCUGUGCGAGGUGUUCGCGGCUCACGCUCACGAGUGCCACGUGGUCACGCUGUUCACGCUUGUGGACAAGGCGUUACAGGAGCGCUUCCGCGUACAAACGUCGGUCGUCGAGAAUUGGGGGUUCAACUGCAAGUUGUACUUACAUCCGGGACUUUUUGAGGACUAGUAUCAUUUGUGACGACGAUUGUGGACAUGAAAUA